GUCAUGGUCAGUGUAGUGUUAAUUUUGUAAGUUUUUUCUAAAUGAAGCAAAAACUUCCAAGGCGAAAAAGAAGAUCAAAAGUAAGUGCGCGCGUGUGGUUCAUGUGUGUAUACAUGUGCCAUCAUCCGCGUGAGCGAUAAGCGGGAGAGAAGAGGACUCGGGCCAACAGAAGCCGGAACCAAAAAAUGGAUGCGACGUCACUGCGAUUCAUUUCCGGACUGCUUUUGUUCGCCUACACCGCGUCACACACUAGUCAUUCGCACUACGGGAAAUUAAUCGGGAGCCUGAAGAAUUACGCGCAUGGAGUGAAAGGAGACGUGUACGCCGUGGACGAGACGACGAUAUUUAUAAAGGGAUUCUGCUACGAUGGCACUGGACUGGACGUGUUCUUCUCGGUGGGGAACACACUCAUGCCCGCGCCGCAGGGUUACAUCGUCCCGUAUCCGGAAACUGAAGACAAGAGGGAACCGGAGGAGCUUAGAUUGUACAACUAUACGGACAUUUUUCUGAAGCUGCCCAAGGGGAAACGGUUACGGGACAUCAGAUGGCUGAGCGUUUGGUGUCGUCGACUUACGCUCAACUUCGGUGACGUUUUCAUCCCGGUGAAUAUGACAGCUCCGAAGAUAACGGUGCUACCUGAAUUCUCGAGAUUGGCACACGGUCUUCGUAGCGGGAACAUCACCAUUCUAGAUAGCAAAACUAUUUACAUUCCGAAUCUACAUUACGACGGCGCCGGGCCGGAUGCAUAUUUCUGGGUUGGGAAAGGGCAGGAGCCCAACACGUUCGGCAUCAAAGUACCAAACGAGAAGAACAGUUCGGCUGUACUGAGGGGAUACCAAGGUGUGGACAUUGAAAUCGUUCUGCCAGGGAACUUGACCGUGUAUGACAUCGAUUGGCUGGCGGUUUGGUGCGUGCAGCACAAGCACAAUUUCGGACAUGUCCUGAUACCGAACGACAUCGAAGUUCCACCUGCCCUUGGGCAAACGAAAAUCACGCCGCCUUGGUGGUACGAUCCUACAAGCACACCGUCACCGCCUGCGUCCAAAUACGAGCUGACCAAUUGCAAGGAGUUACUGGAUGGUCGCAUACAAGUCCAGUGGGAGAUGAUAGAGGAAGACAUUCAGAUCAGAGUGUCCGCGAAGAUUAAAGAGAACGAGUACAUUGCGUUUGGUUUAUCCGGUUCCGAGGGGAAGCCUAAAAUGAUCGGCGGCGAUGUGGUGGUAGCCGCUUACAACAGCAGUACCGGUAAAUUCAUCGCAGAGGACUACUAUAUAUCGGAUUACGCGCAGUGUGACGGUAAAAAUGGCGUAUGUCCGGAUGAAAGGGUUGGAGGGAAGAACGACGUGGUUCUUAUACACGGGGAAAGAAAGAACGGAAUAACGACAGUUACUUACAUGAGACCGAUGAGCACGAACGAGCCGAUGAUGGACAGGAUGAUCCCGAACAGGGAAACAAGCAUAAUCGCGGCGAUAGGACCACUGAAUAUGAGAGGAGAAGCUAAUGCUCAUCACAGCUUCGACAAGACAUCCGAGGACAUUCGUAUUGAUUUUACGUCGAGGAACGUACACGAGUGUACAAAUUCCCUCUACAACCUCCCGGACAUGUCUGACAUCAAACCCUGGACGGUAGCCCAAAUUACCAACGAAACUACGUUCAGCGCGAGGAUAGGGCCUGCUGGUGGGAGUAGAGGAUACUCCACUAUCACAGGACGACCUGCUUGGGGAAUCGUGUGGUACAUCAACGAUUUGCUGCUCCCAGAAAUCACUGUUCAGAGAGGAGAGACGUACACGUUCAUAGUGGAGGGCGGGAAUGAUCCAACUAAUCCAGCUAGGUACCACCCGUUUUACAUCACCGACAGUCCAGAAGGUGGAUUCGACCAAAAGACCGAGAACGAGCAAAUGGCACAAAGAGUAUUCGCCGGAGUAAAAUACGACAGCGAUGGAUAUCCUUAUCCAACGGCUGCUGGUCGUUACUGCGAAUGGGUUCACAAAACCGUAGACAUGAGCGAAAAGAUGGAGACUUUUGAGAGUUUCUUCGAAACACUUAGAUUAGAAUGUGUGAAAGGUGAGCCUGCGAAACUCGUUUGGAACGUGACAGAAGACACUCCGGAUAUCGUUUACUACCAGUGUUACGCGCACAAUAAUCUGGGCUGGAAGAUACACGUUGUCAACAGCGCACACGCGAUCAUGUCGUUAUUGCCAGUGGUCACAGCGACGAUCGUCAUCAGUAUGUUAACAUUCGUAAGAUGAAUUAUCCCUUAAAUAUCGUUUAGCGGAAAA